AUGUUCUUACCUCAGCGCUUCCUACAGAGGACCAUCUUCUACCCGCUGGAACUGGAGGAGGACCAUGAGCCAGGUACAUGGAAUCCUGGAAAAGCGUUUGAUCAAGGUCUGAACCCAGACAACCCCUGUCUGAAGGUCAAGUGUAGCCGUCACAAAGUGUGUGUUGCAGACGACGACCACACUGCUGCUUGUGUUAGCCUGCGGAGGGUCAGUGUGAAGGAACCGGGCCUGUCUCUGAGUCCAGGGUCCAAAUGCAGACGCUGCCCAGUGGUCCGACCCUCUCCCGUGUGCGGUACUGACGGACACAGCUACUCAACCAAGUGUAAGUUGGAGUAUCAGGCAUGUAUCUCAGGGAAGCAGAUCUCAGUCCAGUGUUCUGGCCAGUGUCCCUGUCCUGCCGUCCUUCCUGAAUACAGCACAGCAGGACAGACAGAGUGCAGUGAGUCAGACAUAAAGGAGGUUGUGGGUCGGUUAAGGGACUGGUUCAGAGUUCUACUUGAGAACGGAAACAACAAGAAACUGAAGACACGCAUACCUCAGAAAAACAAGUUCAGCUCAGGGGCGGGGCCUAUCUGUAAGGAUCCUCUUGGUUGGAUGUUCUCCCGCCUCGACACAAACUUUGACCUCCAGCUGGACCAAUCAGAGCUCAGCAGGCUGGGGCUGGACAGGAAGGAAGGCUGCUCCGAUGCACUCUUCACUUCCUGUGACACACCCACCGACACACACCCCGACACACUCCUCCUCUCCAGCGCAGAGUGGUGCACCUGCUUCCAGAGAUACACAGACUCCCCCUGCUGGUCUGAACUGACCAGUAUUAACAAGAAACAGGCUGCGGAGAAGCUACCGGGUCAGUACCUGCCAGUGUGUGACGCAGAGGGCUACUACCGGUCCCACCAGUGCCACGGCAACAGCGGACAGUGCUGGUGUGUCGAUCGCUAUGGCAACGAGGUCGCAGGGUCACGGACCCACGGAGCAGCAGACUGUGGGGUGGUGUUGGAAUCAUCUGGAGACCAGGGCAGCGGAGACUCUCUCUUCUCCGACGACGACUAUGACGAUGAUGAAGAUGAUGCCUUCGUCCUGAGCGACCAGAUCGAUGACGAAGAUGACAAAGACGACUAUGACGGAGAGGAAAGAUAUCUGUCGUAACUCCGUCACUCUGCACUUUGCCAGGGGACAUCAGCAGCAAGAAUAGUUGCUAGGCGACCUCGUCACCGCUAACAGACUAAAGACAUUUCUCUCUCUCUCUCCUGUGUCUCAAAUGUCACCCUAUACCCUAGUCAGUUCCCCAGGGCCCAUUGGGUGCUGGGGGAAGGCAGUUCACUACAUAGUGUACAGGGCACCAUUUGGGAUGGCCCACUCUGUGUUUGUUUCCUAAUUUAAAGGUGGACUCUGCAAUUUGACACCAUCGUACAAAGUGUGGGGGGGGGGGAAUUCCUGUAAAUAACAGACGUCAUCAACAACAACAAAAAACGACAACAACAACGGAAUUGUGAUCUAUGGGUUUCUGCCCUUUGUGGUGUUUCUUUAUCAGGAAAAUCACAGCAUAGCCGUCUUGGCAGAUUAGAAUUCUGUUGUUGGUGUUGUCCCGUAACCAGGAAGUGACCUUGCUGUGUAUGAUGUCAUAAUGACUAGCCCACCUUUAAUCGCUGGUAAACCGUUUGUUUAUGUUUUCACUUCCUCUGCCGUCUAACUUUUGAAUGGCCUGCGUGGCUGUAACUCCGGGGAGUCGUCCAAUCAGCGAGAACUACUUCAACUACCAAUCAGAGUUUAGAGACUAGUUUAUCGACAGCCAAUCACAAGCUGUGGAUGUAGUCACAUGUGCAAUGAGGCCUUUCCUUAUUGGACAAUCAGUGUGUCCUCUCUCUUCCUCUCCUCGCUCCUUUCUCCUCUCUUCCUCUCCUCCCACCUAUCUCCUCUCUUCCUCUCCUCCCUCCUAUCUCCUCUCCUCUCCCUUCCUCUCCUCUAUCUCCUCUCCUCCCUCCUAUCUCCUCUUCUCCCUCCUAUCUCCUCUCCUCUCCUCUCCUCUCCUCUCCUCUCCUCUCCUCUCCUCUCCUCUCCUCUCCUCUCCUCUCCUCCUUUCUCCCUCCUAUCUCCUCUCCUCUCCUCUCCUCUCCUCCCUCCUAUCUCCUCUCCUCUAUCUCCUCUUCUCCCUCCUAUCUCCUCUCCUCUCCUCUUCUCCCUCCUAUCUCCUCUCCUCUAUCUCCUCUUCUCCCUCCUAUCUCCUCUCCUCUCC